GCUCCUGCGCCCACGCAGCUUUAAAGGCAGCCGGCGCUCGGCCGGGCGGCGCAGCGCGGGGAGCGGAGGCCAGCAUGACAGCCGAGCAGCGGCGCAAUCUGCUCGUCUUCCGAGACUAUGUCAGGAAGAUUCUGGAUCCUACCUACAUUCUCGGCUACAUGGCCCCCUGGUUUAGGGAGGAUAAGAUGCAGCAUAUUCAGGCUGAGAAAAACAACAGGGGCCCGAUGGAGGCUGCCUCACUUUUCCUAGAGUUCCUAUUGGAGCUCCAGGAGGAAGGCUGGUUCCGUGGCUUUUUGGAUGCCUUAAACCAAGCAGGUUAUUCUGGACUUUACGAGGCCAUUGAAAGUUGGGAUUUCCAAAAGAUUGAAAAGUUAGAAGUAUACAGGACACUUUUAAGACGUUUACAACCAGAAUUUAAAGCCAGAAUUAUUCCUUUAGAAAUCCUUCCUGAACUAUCUGAAUGUUUAAUUAGUCAGGAAUGUGAAGAAAUUAGACAGAUUUGUUUCAACAGGGGGAUGAUAGCAGGUGCAGAGAAACUGGUGGAAUGCCUUCUCAGAUCGGACAAGGAGAACUGGCCCAAGACUUUGAAACUUGCUUUGGAGAAAGAGCAGAACAACCUCAGUGAAAUGUGGUCGGUAGAGAAAGGUGAAAAAGAUAUUGAAACUGAAGAUCUUGAGAAUGAUGGAAUGGAAACUUCUGAAAUACACAUUUUCUGCCAGGAAGAUCCAGAAUACCAGAAUCUUAGUCAGAAUUUCUGUGCACCCUCAGAAGUGUCUCAAACUAACUUGUACAGCCCAUUGAAACCAAGAAAUUACCAACUAGAGCUUGCUUUGCCUGCUAAGGAAGGAAAAAAUACAAUAAUAUGUGCUCCUACUGGUUGUGGAAAAACCUUAGUUUCACUUCUUAUUUGUGAACAUCAUCUUAAUAAUUUUCCACAAGGACGAAAAGGGAAAGUUGCCUUUUUUGCUAAUCAUGUCCCUGUGUAUGAACAGCAGAAGUCUGUGUUCUUAAGACAUUUUGAAAGGCUUGGGUACAGUGUUGCAGGCAUUUCUGGAGCAACAGCCGGAAAUGUCCCAGUAGAACAGACUAUUGAGAACAAUGACAUCAUCAUUUUAACACCUCAGAUUCUUGUGAACAAUCUCAAAAAUGGAACUAUUCCAUCUCUGUCUGUCUUUACUUUGAUGAUAUUUGAUGAAUGCCACAAUACCAGUAAACACCACCCAUACAAUAUGAUCAUGUUCAAUUAUCUAGAUCAGAAACUUGGGGGAUCUUCAGACCCACUGCCUCAGGUUGUUGGGCUGACAGCCUCAGUUGGCGUUGGGGAUGCCAAAACCACAAAUGAAGCCAUGUCUUACAUCUGCAAACUGUGUGCUGCUCUCGAUGCAACAGUGAUAGCAACAGUCAGAGACAACUUGGAGGAACUGGAGCAAGUUGUUUAUAAGCCCCAGAAAAUUUCCAGGAAAGUGGAAUCACGGACUACUAACAAAUUUAAAUGCAUCGUAUCUCAGCUGAUGAGGGACAUAGAAUGUCUGGCAAGGAACAUCUGUGCAGAAUUUGGAAACUUAUUUCAAACUCAAAACGGGGAAUUUGGAACACAGAAGUAUGAACAACGCAUUGUUGGAGUUCAUAAAGCCGGCAUGGUGUUUCGACUGCCAGACAAAGAGAAAGAGAGCAGACUCUGCAAAGCACUGUUUCUGUAUACUUCAUACUUGCGGAAAUAUAAUGAUGCCCUCAUUAUCAGUGAGGACGCACAAAUGAAAGAUGCUCUGGAUUACUUGAAAGACUUCUUCAACAAUGUCCGAACUGCAGGAUUUGAUGAGACUGAGCAAGAUCUUACUCGGAGGUUUGAAGAAAAGCUGGAGGAACUAGAAAGUGUCUGCCGAGAUCCCAGCAACGAGAACCCUAAACUCAACGACCUCUACCUCAUUUUACAAGAGGAGUACCACUUAAAUCCAGAGACCAGAACCAUUCUUUUCGUGAAAACCAGAGCACUUGUGGAUGCUUUAAAGAAAUGGAUCGAAGAAAAUUCUGCACUCAGCUUUCUAAAACCUGGCAUAUUGACUGGUCGUGGCAAAACAAGUCAGAAUACAGGCAUGACCCUCCCAGCACAGAAGUGUGUACUGGAUGCAUUCAGAACCAAUGGAGAUAAUAUUCUGAUUGUCACCUCAGUUGCUGAUGAAGGCAUUGACAUUGCUCAGUGCAAUCUGGUCGUCCUGUAUGAGUAUGUGGGCAAUGUCAUCAGAAUGAUCCAAACCAGAGGCAGAGGAAGAGCAAGAGGUAGCAAAUGUUACCUUCUAACUAGUAAUGCUGAUGUAAUUGAAAAAGAAAAUAUAAAUAUGUAUAAGGAAAGAAUGAUGAAUGACUCCAUUUCAAGACUUCAGACAUGGGAUGAAGUGGAAUUUGAAAAAACAGUUCACAGUAUACAGAUACAUGAUAAAUUCAUCAGAGAUAGUCAACCAAAACCAAAACCUGUGCCUGAUAAGGAAAAUAAAAAGCUGCUCUGUGGAAAGUGCAAGACCUUGGCAUGUUACACGGCUGAUGUACGAGUGGUAGAGGCAUGCCAUUACACUGUGGUUGGAGAUGAUUUUAAGGAGCGCUUUGUGAGUAAACAACACCCCAAUCCAAAGAGCUAUGGGGGUUUUGAGAAGAAAGCGAAGAUAUUCUGUGCCAAACAGAACUGCAGCCAUGACUGGGGAAUCCAUGUGAAGUAUAAGGAAUUUGAGAUUCCAGUCAUAAAAAUUGAAAGUUUUGUGGUGGAAGAUAUUGCAACUGGAGUUCAGACACGGUACUCAAAGUGGAAAGACUUUCAUUUUGAGAAGAUACAGUUUGAUGCUACAGAAAUACCCAAAUGACCUAAGUCUUUAGCUACAGGGUAUGGUGACUUUGAAGAAAUUAACCCAGUGGGUGAAUCAUGGAUUGCUUGUGCCUCUGUGAAGGUACUUUACUCAAGGCUUAUACUGUAUUGCAUACUAUCAGUUAACUUCACCUUCUGUUGUUUUGAACAGUUUGUAUUACAUCAUAUAUACAAAACAAAUGUGAGUGAACUGCAGUACUUGGUGAAAAAUUAAAAUCUAUUUCUAUCUUCUUCAGAACCAACUGCCAGUGAACAAAAAGGAUCAACUCCAUACAUACUGACAUGAAUAAAUGAAUGGGAUGCUGAAAGGUUUUCCAUACCCUCACUCCCAUUUCCUUAACCUAUUGUAAACUGGCUUUUCCCCUUUAUCUACUGCAAUAGUUCUUUUCAAGGCUGCCAAUGACUUUGGCUGCCAAAUUACAUGGCUGCUUCUUGGUCCUUUUACUUGAUGUCUUUGCUGCAUUUGGCCCUGGUUGCAUUCUUUUCUUGAAAACUUUCCUUGGCUUCUUUUUGUUCUUUCCCAGUCUCUUUUAUUGCUUCUUCUUUGCUGAUACCUUAAGUGUAGAUGAUUCCAAGGGUUCAGUAUAUACCCACGUAUGUACAAGCUACAUAUCCUCAUAUUUUCCUCAUAGCAAUGUGUGGCAUGAUAAUCAUAAACUUUUUAUAGUAGUCAGGUUUUAUUGGUGAGGGCACAUCAGGGAUACAAUGCUUCCUAAGAAGUUCUGUUUACUACACAUCUUCUUUAAUUCGUUCUCUUAACUCAUGCCACUUUCCCCUUUGAAUAGUCAUCUCAAGCCAUUUUUCACUAAUGGUUGCUAUUUAACACUUGAUUUAUCUGUCUUCAUUAAGCCCCUUGGAUGCUACUGCUGAAGUGGUUUAAUAUGGUCAUUCUUCCUACUUAAAAAAAUUAGAAUAUGUACUCACAUGCCGUUCCUGUGUCUCUUAGCAAGGUUUGCUGAUGCUUCAGAGAGCUUAGUUUGGAGUUUUCCAGACACAGUGACAGUGCCUGGGUUUUUUUUUUUUUUUUUUUUUUUUUAAUUUUUAUCAAGCCAAGGUAUUUUGUGUGUAGUUCUAGGUGGGAUCUAUAAUAAUUUAAGCAUUGUAUUAAAACAGAUUGGUUGAUUGUAAUUCAUUACAACCAUUAAAUGGCCUAAACAAAAUUCCAGAGAACGCAAAAGGUUAGUAGUACGUUCAAUACAUGUGAUUAUAUGACCUUUUCAAGUAAUACCUAUUUGUAUCUGAAAGCUAUCUGGAGACUUCCCAGGUGAACCCUGGAGAUUAUGG